UUGAAUGAGUCAAAGCUCCCGCAAUUUACAUUCAUCAUGAGGCCUCAUGUGUGCAAGGAGUGCAACAAAACCUUCAAGCAUGUUGGAAAUCUUCGCCAACACAGCCUGACCCACACGGGGGAGAAGCCCCACGUGUGUGUCGUCUGCAAGAAAGCUUUCACUCACAUCUCAAACCUGCGACAACACAUCCUCAUCCACACCGGAGAAAAACCACACGUGUGCAACGAGUGUGGCAAGGGAUUCACGCACAUCAGCAACCUCCGACAGCACAUCCUGACUCACACUGGGGAGAAACCGCACACCUGCCUCGAGUGUGGCAAGAGUUUCACGCACAUCAGCAACCUCAGACAGCACAGCAUCACCCAUACGGGGCUGAAACCCCACGUCUGUCCCGUCUGUGAUAAAAGAUUCACGCACAUCAGCAACCUCCGCCAGCAUUUUUCUUCCCACAGUGGUGGAAAAGGCCAUCAGUGUGUGGUUUGUAAGGAUGUGUUUCGCUCGCAUCAGGAUCUAAAACAGCACAUUGCUGCUCAUAUAGCCGAACACAUUUUGUUAGCAGAUAAAGUGAAGGAUGAAAUAACUGAUGUAAAUAGUCAGCCUAGUAAUGUUAAUAUUAUUCGUUUGUAGACAAGCUGUUAUGUCAGGGAAAUGGGAGAAUUUUGUGAAAAAUAUGCUUUUUUUAUUUAAAGGAAAUUUUUAAGCAGUGUGAAUUGUUGCUAUUCUAAGUUCAUACGAUAUUAGGAACUCCUAUAAAUUUUUAAUGAGGGUAAUGUUUUGAGGAUUUCAACCAGUAACCGAAAUCAGGCAGAUUCAAUCUAAGACGUCACCGGCAUGAUAACUUGUUGUGAUUGCAGAGUUUAAAAGUUAAA